UUUACGAUCAUAAAACUCUCGUUUAAUAAUUCUUCUUUUAUUGUACGUACGUAACACAAUAUGAAAUUUCUACCGGAAUUUGCUUUAUGUUGGGGUGGUGCAACCAUCACCCCAACAGCAAUCGACACCACUAUUCCUCCUGAGGAAGAAAAUCGCUCAAGGAAUAGCGGUCAAGCUACAAUUCCAUCCGCUAAUAUGCGCGGAGGAAGGAGGAGAAGAGUAGUAAAGUCCAGAAACGGAACGAAUUGGAAACCGGCGCUUCUAGUAAUCGCAGAAGAAAGAGUAAUGUCUGAUAUUGUUGUUGAAGGUAACGGAGGAAGAAAAGAACGUGCUGUUGUUCCUCCUCCGUCUUCCUGCGCCAAAUCUGCUGCUAAAGUUAAAGCUAAAUUUAUUGCUAGAUGUAAAUUAUCACCUAGACACGGCAACGAUUACUGGAAAUCCACAAGUCCGAUGGCCGUGCCCGCGUUUGCGCCGACGGCAUUUUUAUUCUGAGAUUUGCAACUUUGUUAUAGUAUAUAUGAAUUGUGAAUAUUAGUGAUCCAUAUUUUUGGAACUUUGUUAUAUAUUUUCUCUCCCUUUUGUAUUAUCUUUUGUACUAUUAAAAUUGAGAAUUGAAUAGAAUUAUUCGUAUUUAUCAGAA